UUAUUGACAGAAUAUGUCUCCAGGCAGUAUUCACAUGCUUCAAACUGAAGCUCUUAGCUUGGCAGUGCAGUUUAAGCAAACAAACUCAGGCUGUUGAACACAAUGAUUAACAGGAAGCAGGGGAGGGGACACAGUCACUAGACUCUGGCCGGGAGAAGAGGCUGAGGUUAAGGUCUGAGAGCUGAUGACUUGCAGAAUAGUCACCUCACCCACUUGUGACUUCACCGUGGGGACAGGUGGGCCUCCAGGAAUCAGAACCUCCCUGAGGCCAUUUGUUUUUGUGUGGACACAGGUUGCAGGUUAGCAGGUGAACAGGCCAGCCAAAUGUAAAGGAGCCGCUUCAGAAAUGUGUCAAAGGAAAGUGAAAAUGCAACUUAGCGGUAAACGGAGAGGGGAGGAAGAAAGAAAAGGGACAAAAACGGUGAACUGAAGGGACGGUGGACAGCCAGACCAGAGCUUCAGCCAUCAAGAGGAUGAUUUUGGAACCUGGAGAACAUGUAAGUUAACUAUAUCAACACUCUGAUCCUAUCUCAAGAGAGACAUUUUACUCCCUUCCUGGUUGUGAAUGAUGGGCUCUUGGAAGCACUGUCUUUUUAGCGUGUCUCUCAUUUCUGCCCUGAUUUUGGUACUUGUUUACAAUACUGAGUUAUGGGAGAAUAAACAUUUUCUGAGGGCAGCUCUGUCCAAUGCUUCACUGUUAGCAGAAGCCUGUCAUCAGAUUUUUGAGGGGAAAGUUUUCUACCCAACAGAAAAUGCAUUAAAAACUACCCUUGAUGAAGCCACCUGCUAUGAGUACAUGGUUCGAAGCCACUACGUCACAGAAACACUCUCUGAAGAAGAGGCUGGGUUCCCUUUGGCUUACGCAGUGACCAUUCACAAAGACUUUGGCACUUUUGAGAGGCUCUUCAGGGCGAUUUAUAUGCCCCAGAAUGUCUACUGUGUACACCUGGAUCAGAAGGCGACAGCUGCUUUUAAAGAUGCAGUGAAACAGUUACUCAGCUGCUUCCCAAAUGCUUUUCUGGCUUCGAAGAUGGAGCAGGUCGUCUAUGGGGGUAUUUCCAGGCUCCAGGCUGACCUGCACUGCCUGGAAGACCUUGUGGCUUCUGAGAUUCCCUGGAAGUAUGUCAUCAACACCUGCGGCCAAGACUUUCCCCUGAAAACCAACAGGGAAAUAAUUCAGUAUCUGAAGGGAUUUAAAGGGAAAAAUAUCACUCCUGGGGUCCUGCCUCCUGAGCAUGCAAUUGGACGGACUAAGUAUGUCCACCACGAACUGUUAGACCACAAAAAUUCCUAUGUGAUUAAAACCACAAAAUUAAAAACUCCUCCUCCUCACGACAUGGUCAUUUACUUUGGCACAGCCUACGUGGCUCUCACAAGGGACUUUGCUAACUUUGUCCUCCAAGACCAGCUCGCACUUGACUUGCUCUCCUGGUCCAAGGACACCUACAGCCCCGACGAACAUUUCUGGGUGACGCUCAACAGGAUUCCUGGUAUGUACAUCUCUUAG